AUGGCUUUGACGCACUUGCCCAAAGUCGCUUUAGUUGGGGCAUGUGUUGCUUUCGGGCUGGUCUUGGACACUACCCUCCCGGAGACUAUCUUCCCGGAGACGUUGACAAAUGGAAGUUCGAUGAGACACUUGAAUCUGACGAGCAGGCCCGAUAACAUGGAAUUCAUCUGUAACGGGGGCGUAUUUGGUCGGGGCUUGGCGCUCAACAGCUGCGGUGAUGCGAACCGGCAAAUGAGUUUCUAUUCGCAGACACCACGUACAUGGGGACUGCGGGGUACUGGGGCCUUCGAUGUUGACCUGCCGCUGCGGUUCAUAAGCGGUAUAGCAUUGAAUUGGUGGACGGACGGACCUGACGGCCUGUGUUACAUUGAACCACAACUGAUUGGCGGUGCGAAGCAUGCUCGGGCAAGUGAGCAAGAAGCGGCUGCUGCUGCGUUCGUCAUUAUCACCAAAUGCAUAUUGGGCCGAGCAAUUCCACAAGGUGGGAUUGCGAGAGCUAUCGGCAAGUACUUCGAGGAAAGAGGGCCACAUCAGGGCUGA